AUAAAAAAGCCGAUAAUCAUUCCUCUUACCGCAAGCUGUUAGUUCUGAGACUUGUGCUCAUCUUUUCUGCUGCGCGUUUUGCCGGAUGCUCGUUUGUUCUUUUUUCAAUUGAAGCUUCCUUUGUGGCUUCAAUUUUAUGCAGACGAUCAUCAACAACGAGCAAGCUACAGGCGUUUGGGAGGUUUUGCCCUCUACCUGCUGGGAGAUCAGGUAUGGAUCCGUCAGUUGGUCUUUUGACACACAAUACUGUCGUGUCCCCGUCAAACCUGUAUCCCAUCCAAAGCCACCCCAUUAUCAUGGUUCCCUCCUUAGGACCUCACGUCCAAGACGGCGUUAUACAGUUCUUUGCAAAGCUAAACCGUUCGGACCUUCUCAAGAUCCGACGACCCUACCUCAUAACCCUGCAAACGAAUGGCCACUCUCCGAGCCACUGAAUCACAAUUUUAUUGGCGUUCAAGUUGCAGAAGACGUCUUGAAGGCGUACGAACUGGAUUCCGGAUUCACUCACUCUAUCAUGCCUGAUAUUACCUUGGAUGAAUUGUAUACUGGUUGGACGAAGUUGUCAGUUGAUGUCGACGAAGAGGAGGUCGAGUUUGCGAGGUCUCAGUGGGCUACUCUUGUUCAGGAUCUAGUCGGGGAUAUACAAUUAUCCCGGGCCAUAUCCACCUCCGACAUUGACGGCCGCCGUCCCCAGUCUCCGCUUUCCUCGCUGGAAUAUGAUUCAGAACCAUCUACCGAUUCUGAUAUGCUCCCUUCCACACCUACACAAAGGAGUGCAUUCUCCGAUGUCGAGGUACAUCAGCACUCCCCGGUGUUAGAUGGUCGUGGUCUUUCUCCACCCAAGACUCUUAAUGGGUUCGCAAGAGCUUUCACCCCAAAAUCAGGCCCGCUGCCCAAAUUUUUGGUAUCCCCCUCACCAGAUUCAAACUCACACUUGAGCUCGUCUCCCACCUCAGUUAACUUUGUAUUCCCAGCUAUCAACGGUAACUACCAGUACCUUCCCCCAGGCCUGAAGAAGGAUGACCAAGGGUUCUACACCUCAAUCACCCCACCUGACUCACCGUCUGGUGCCCGUCUUGAUUCUUCUCGACCUUGCUCGCGGCUGUCAUCGACACGUCUCCCGCAGUUCUUGUCCGAUGUUCAGUUGCGCAAGGCCUCCAAGACCAGAGUCAUCGUGGACCAGAUGAGAUCCACUCCUGUUUCGAGCAAGAAAGGCAGGCCUCGGAACCACUCCAAAUCAUCGUCCGACAGCUCGCCAGGACCUUCUACACCAUGCAGUGACGGGGUUGAGAAAGAGAGUGCCGGCUCCAGGCAAGGCAGAGACCGCAACAACUCUGAUCCAGAUUCAACACCCUUCAGCUCCGAAAACCCUGUCACACCAGGCAGAAAUGGGUGGAUGGAGCUCCCAUCGCAUAUUUCCAACGUCAAAGCAGUGAUGCCCAGCAGCGCUGCACGUCCGUCGUUCCCUACAUCAUCCUCAUUUUCAGAUGCGCACUUCCUCACACAGCCCCCCGCGCCGUCUGGGUCCUUCUAUCACCUUCCACGCGCGCCGGGUUAUCCAUACCCGUAUGUCCCAGCCAGUGCUCCGCCGCCGCCACCACCACCACCGACCUCAUGGGCCCCUAUCACUGCUCCCCCUUACCCAAGCGGCAUGUAUGCACGGCCUGUCGUGUGGUGAUGGCACCUAUGUAGAAGCACCUUUUUUGCCAUUCGUCAUUCAUCGUAAUUAUUGUAUGUGGGACCACUCCCUCUUUUAUUAUCCCUCUUGGAGGUGAUAUGACGGACCUUGGGGACUGUCUGUUGUAACCGACUGUUAUGUUCUUGUCACAUUGUGCUUUAUGUAUGUGUCGUGUGCGUGUUUCGUUCGUUAUUUUGGCUUAUGGUUACAUGAUGAUACAUGUUGUAUGCAAAGAGACUACCUUUAAUAAGACUGAGGUUGAUGUCAUUUUUCAAUGGGAAUUGAGCUGAUCUUUGAAUCCUUCGGAAUCGACAGACAAACUCAUACUUAUGAAUGUACAUUCUACAGGUACUUGAAAUAUAAGGCGAUUCUGCACUUGUUAUGUACUUAGCCUGCCGGGACAACCAUCUCAUCUUAUCAAGGAAUUAAUAUAUAUUGUUGAU